CUAUGCCUGGAACACCGUUUUCUAACUAUGUGAUUGGAGCGAAAACGUUCUAUACCAACAUCAACAAAGUUAUAUUUCUUGAUUUGUAUUGGCUGUUGAUAGGUGUGCGCUGCUUCAUUUGUCUGCCAAUUGGUUAAAAAUCCAACUGGCUUCGAAAAUGCAACUUUUUUAACGGGUUCUUUAUACGGAUUGGUUGAAAUGAUCAGGUUUACCGCAAUUCCAUUGGUCAUACGAACAGUCAGUUGGCCACUCGCGAAUGGAACGUUUGGCUUCGCAACAUAAACACAAAACACACCCCUUCGUGGUUUGUGAUUGGAAGUUUACUUUAGGGACUGAAAAUUUCCAUAAAUGGUUACGAUUCAGGCGACAUGAUUUGUUGACAAAGAUGGCAAUCGACGAUCUUGAAACGAACAACGUGUCCGCCCCAUUUGAUUGUUUCAUAUUUUGAUGAAUUAGAUAUGGCGCGGUUCACGUCAAUACGAGUGUAGCUAUUUUAAUUGAAUGGAUGAAAUAAUUGUACGAUUUCUGCAGCUAGCUGUAACUAGCGAGGUUAUUCAAGUGAAAAAAAGAUAGCAUCGCUGUGCUACAUCCCUUUCAUCGCCAAUUAUUGUCUUAGGAAACUGACAACAGGGUACAGUGUGCAGGGGCUAGUUAGCUAGCGAGGCUUCACCAAUUUAGUUAGUAUAGUUAAUGAAAGAAUACAGGGAGAAUUCGAUCCCUGGAAAUCCAGCUGCAAGUCUGGAUCACAUCAAGCCAUGUUGGUACUGGGACAAGAAGGACCUGGCUCACACACCCUCCCAGUCCGAGGGCCUGGACCCGGCCACCGAGGCCCGGUACCGGAGAGAGGGGGCUCGAUUCAUCUUCGACGUGGGCACGCGCCUAGGACUACACUAUGACACGUUGGCUACAGGGAUCAUAUACUUCCAUCGCUUCUACAUGUUUCAUUCCUUCAAGCAGUUCCCCAGAUAUGUGACUGGGGGUUGCUGUCUAUUCCUGGCCGGUAAAGUGGAAGAGACCCCAAAGAAAUGUAAAGACAUUAUCAAGACGGCUCGCAGCCUGCUGAAUGACAUACAGUUCGCCCAGUUUGGAGAUGACCCAAAGGAGGAGGUGAUGGUGCUGGAGAGGAUCCUGCUGCAGACCAUUAAAUUCGACCUGCAGGUGGAGCACCCAUACCAGUUCCUGCUCCGCUAUGCCAAGCAGCUCAAAGAUCUGAAGUAUUUCCGAUCUGUUUCAGGUGAUAAGAACAAAGUCCAGAAGCUAGUUCAGAUGGCCUGGACCUUUGUGAAUGACAGCUUGUGCACCAUGCUGUCCCUGCAGUGGGAACCAGAGAUCAUAGCUGUAGCAGUCAUGUACCUGGCCGGCCGGCUGUGUAAGUUUGACAUCCAGGAGUGGACGUCCAAGCAGUCUUCACGGCGAUGGUGGGAACAGUUUGUCCAGGACGUCCCAGUGGAGCUGCUGGAAGACAUCUGCCACCAGAUCCUAGACCUGUACUCCCAGGGCAAGCAGCAGAUGCCCCAGACCCCCAGCGAUAAGACCCCGCCUAUCCCCGUCCCCACCCCUACCCCUCAGCAGCUGCAGGCCCUCUCCCAGCCCCCGCUCCCCAGCCCCCCUGUCGCGCCACCACUCAGCAAGAAGGUCUCGCCCCAGACCAGCCCUCCUCGCCAGCUGAAACGAGCCCACGUAUCGUCUCCUAAAGAAGAAAGCCAGGCACCUGAACCAGUGGGCUCUAAGAUCCCCAGGCUGGAGCCUCCCAUGCCCCCUCUACCCACAUCACAACCCCCCUCAGACCGCAAGCCUCCAGCCUCCCACCCCUCCGCCCCUCUCCCAGGAGAGACAGACCCAACUGGGGCAGGAGGCCCAGCGGAGCCCCCUAAAGGACCUCCACCUCCCCCCCACUCAGCCUCCCUCCACCAGCCUCCCCCGCUUCCCCACCGCCCCCCUCCACCACCCCCGUCCAGCUACAUCAUGGGCAUCCCCACCUCCAGCUCCUACAUGUCAGGAGAGGGUUUCCAGAGCCUCCAGUCGAUGAUGAAGACAGAGGGGCCGUCCUACAGCACCAUCCCCCCAUCCUAUGGCCCUCCCCUGGCCUACCACAGCCACGUCUACCCCCCUAACGCCCCGCCGCCUGGUCCUCCACUUUCCGCCUCCUACCCUCCACCCAACCUCCCUCCACCUUCCCCCGCCUACCCCCCGCCGGGGUACAACCACAGCUACCCUCCCCCGCCCCCUCAUUGCAUGCCCCCCGGACACGGGGAAUACCCGCCUGUGAUGGGCAUCCCUCCCAGCAACUAUCCCCCACCCCCUGGAGGACAGGGCCAGGUACCCCCUCCGCUGCCCCCUGGCAUGCCCCCCAUCGGUGGCAUGAGUCAGGGGGCAUGGAUGAGGUGAUGGGGGUGAGAUUGGAUGUGCCAAACCAACACUAGUCCUAUUACAGCAGACAGGAGUCUCCAGUGUUACUGACAGACAGCUUUAGUGAUGGGGAACACAGUUAACGCAAGGCCAGUUGGGGAGACCUGCCUCAUGUACUCCCUGUAGUUUUCUGAAGCUGUCAUCUUACGGUUGCAACAUUUAAGUACUGUUCUCAGGUCAUCCAGAAAUCCCGGUUGGAACAUUCCUGGAAUCGUAGGGAAUAACCAGGAAAUCUGGACUCCAACCUGUAUUUCUGGAAACCCUGGGAAUUUGGGGAACGUUACCAGAAUUUUGCAACCCUACAUCUCCAGCAAGCCAAACAGCACAGCCACACCUCAUCAAGAACCAACCAUUAACUUCCAUUGCACAAGUUAGUUAACGUGAAAUACAUAAUGUGGUGUGUUUGUUGUACUAUGGCUGUUUUUAUAUUAGCCUUUUUAGUAACAUGUUUGUCCUUUUUUUAUAUGAAAACCUUUAGGUUAGCUUGCUGUACAAAUGUAGGAAAGAAUGGUCGGACCAAAAAGGAAAAUGGCAGCUCCACUCUAACCAUUCCAUGGCUUGGAUGUACAGUAUCUUCCACAUGCAUUCCUUUCUGUUUGAAACACACUACUAAACCAGUAUUAUAUUCUAAUGUCAAUGAAUAGUCUACCAUUGUAGCAUUGUGCAUGGACUGGAACAUAAAGACACACUUGCAUGAUGCACACACAGGACAAACACAUACAAGAAACUCACACAUUAAAUAAACACACCUUUUUAUGGUGUUUGGACGUUUUAUGUUUUGUUGUUGAACAAAAAGUAUGUUUCAUGCUUGCACAUUCUUAGGAAAAAAAAUGUGCGAUCUAAAACCUAAAAGGAUUAUUUGGCUGUCCCCAUUGAAGAACCAUUUUUGGCUCCAGGUAGAACACUUUUGGGUUCCAUGUAGAACCCUUUUCACAGAGAGUUCUACCUGGAACCAAAAGGGUUCUGCAAUGGGGACAGCCAUGGAAUCCUUUUGAAAACCAUUUUUCUAAGAGUGCAGCACUGCCAUGAAUUAAUGGUUUAAAAUUACUUUUUUAAAUGUUGAAGUUGUCUUUUCAUUAUACCUUGUGAACUUCCAUUGUUACUUAGUUUGUUUGUAAUAUGUGAAACGUUACUCUAAGCAAAGUUACUUGGCAUUAAACAUUAGUUUUUUUCUAAAGUUGUUCAUUUAUUUUUUCAAUGUGUGACAAUAAAAAUAUACAA